UCUCUGUAAGUCAGCAUCCACUAACCUCCAGCUGGGGAACUCUGGAGGAAAAACCAAAACGGGAUAAAACAUUAAAGGAUUGUGCAUUAAGAGGGUCACAUGUCUGCUAAAAUUACACGAUUCCAGCUGUUGGUCUUUGCUUGAGUAUUCAACCCCUCGUGGACCUGGAGAGCUUUCAGUGAGGGACCAGGUUGUGAAGUCAACGGUGAGUAGGAAAAUACUACAAACACACUCAACCAACACAGAAGAGUCAAUUCCCAUUGAACUUUUUGUAAGAACCAAUGGUUCCUUUAGGUGUCACCUUGGGGACGCCGAGUGGAUUGGCUCCUAGUGGAUGGCUCUUGGUUGUUUUGAGUCAGUUUGCUCUUUCGAGACGCUCCCUAAGUGUUCAGUUAGCUGGCAGUGUGAGUUUUGAAGCCGUACAGCCGUAGUGGAGAGGAAAAGAGAGGCAGGCUCGCUCUCAUACCACAGCUUCACAGAGCUCUCUCUUUUCCCUCACACACUUGCGGAAAGCCACACAUCAACCCUCCUGUCACUGGGACAAUGUGUAUGGAGAACCUGACGACUGCUGGCUGGUGACAAUAGAAAACAAAAGAACGAUCCAACAGCGGGAAGAGGAACGAUCCGUUUGGGAUCUUGGAAGCCGAUGCUGCAGCCAGGAGCAUCUGCAGGCUUAAUUGGGCGACUCAACCCAAGCAGCUGUGCACAGCCCACACGCAGAAGCUGAGGGGGACAGCCGAAACCGAGGAAAGACGUGUACGCCGAGCUGACAGGGCUGGCUGAUGUGGAUGUACCACCUGUCAAGUUCUAGCCCUGGGUGUGAGGUGCAGUGAUUCAGCCCCAGUAAGGUAGGGAAGGGGCAUGGCGGGUUGUCCACGCCUGAGCUUACCGGGGCUGUUUGUGCUCCUAAUCACUGCAUCCCUAACACAUGGCCAAAGCUGCCCACAGCGCUGUGACUGUAUCCCUCAUCAGAGAGCCGUGAUGUGCCAGAACAAGCGUCUGGGCUCUAUUCCUGGAGGCAUCACUACUGACACACGGCUGCUUGAUCUGAGUGGCAACAGUUUGCGCUGGGUGGAAUACAAUGAUUUGGCGACUCUCUCGAGACUUGAAGAACUGGACUUGAGCGAGAAUCUCAUCAGUGUGUUGGAGCCUAACGCCUUCUCCAGCUUGCUUAACCUGAGAGUGUUGCGUCUACGAGCCAACCAGCUUAAACUCGUGCCCAUGGGUGCCUUUUCACGUCUCACCAACCUCACCACUCUGGAUCUAAGUGGGAAUAAACUGGUCAUCCUGUUAGACUUCACCUUCCAGGACUUGAAGAACCUCCGCAAUUUGGAGGUUGGUGAUAACGACCUGGUGUACAUUUCAAACAAGGCUUUCCUAGGACUGGUGGGGCUCCGGGAGCUAACCAUUGAGAGGUGCAAUCUGACCUCUAUAACUGGACAGUCUCUUUCCUACCUUCGCGGCUUGGUGACUCUUCGAUUACGCUACCUCAGUAUCACUUCGUUGGAAGAGCAGAACUUUCAUAAACUAGGUGGACUGCGGGGUCUUGAGAUUGACCACUGGCCCUUCCUUGAGUACAUUUCUCCACACAGCUUCCAAGGUCUCAACCUUUCUUGGCUCUCAAUUACCAACACCAACAUUUCCACCGUGCCUACAGGAGCCCUUCGCAACCUAAUUCACUUGGCAAGCCUCAAUCUGUCUUACAACCCCAUCUCAGUUCUUGAGUCCUGGGCAUUGCGGGAUCUAAUCCGCUUGAAGGAACUGCACCUAGUUGGUACAAACCUGAUAUCAGUGCAACCCUACGGUCUUGGAGGCCUGCAACAGAUACGAUUGCUCAACUUGUCAAACAAUGGAUUAGUGACCCUAGAGGAGGGAUCCUUCCACUCGGUCAACACGCUGGAGACGUUGCGUGUAGAUGGCAACCCUCUGUCCUGCGAUUGCCGCCUACUGUGGAUCCUGCAGCGCCGGAAGACCCUCAACUUUGACAGAAAGUCACCUGUUUGCACCACACCCGUGGAACUGCGAGGAAAAGCACUCAGUACCUUCUCGGACUCUGCACUCUUUGACCAUUUCACCUGUAAGCGGCCUAAAAUUCGAAACCGUAAACUGCAACAGCUGACGGCACGUGAAGGUCAAGUGGUGUCAUUUGUAUGUCAAGCACAAGGAGACCCAACUCCGGUCAUCUUUUGGAUUUCACCUCAGCGCCGACGUAUCACUACCAAGAGUACUGGGCGGGUGAUUGUCCUACCCGAAGGUACGCUGGAGAUCCGUUAUGCCCAGGUAACAGAUAGUGGGACUUAUAUCUGCAUCGCAAGCAAUGCUGGUGGCAACGACACCUACUUUGCCACCCUAACAGUCAGUGGAUUGCCAUUGGAUGGUGCUUUGGCAGCCAAUCGCACCUACUAUGUGGGAGAUCUAAAUGACACGAACUUAAACGACACACGUGUCUUCCUAAAAUUCACAUUGGAUCUCAAGACCAUCCUGGUGUCCACAGCAAUGGGCUGCAUCAUGUUUUUGGGUGUUGUGCUUUUCUGUUUCAUUCUCUUAUUUGUGUGGAGCCGAGGACGAGGUCAGCACAAGAACAAUUUCUCAGUUGAGUAUUCAUUCAGAAAGGUAGAUGGUCCCGCUGCCAGUGGGGGUCAAGGAGGGGCACGAAAGUUCAACAUGAAGAUGAUAUAAAAUGGGCAUACUAUCAGUUUAAAGGAGUUAAACGCACAUUAUUGUUAUUUCAAACUGAAAUACAUUUCUACUACCAGUCCUGCAUAUGACACAGUGGGUUUUAAUGGGAGCAAUUAAUAUUGUAGUUGCUGAGGGGUGCUUUCCAUCAGCAGUUAUUUAUAAUCUAACCUUACUUUUGGUGUCUUGGGAUAUUUUACAUAUUUAUUAAGACAUUUAUGAUGAAUUACAUACUUCCCGCUGGCAUUAGGUACCCAUUUUAAACUUUAUCAUGUGAGAAGGCCAAGCUUGUAGUGAUAUAUAAUGACCAUUAAAAAUACUCCCAAGCAAUUUCCUACAGAACGUGUCAUUCUAAAUUCUAAUAUUAUGGAGAUUGUUGUGAGAAAAGUCCCGAAAGAUUUAGAAUAUAAUUAUUUAAAGAGGUGCUUUCUGCUUGCCAAGAAAUUGCCAAUGCCCUCAAAAGUUAAAAAAUUGAACAUUAUUGCAUUUUGCGAGGCAAUUUAUUUUUUAAGCUCAGUAGUUUGUAGGCAAUAAAGUGGGCAUACACUUCACACUGCCAAUUUAACAAGGAUUUGUUGUUGGAUUAGCCCCAAAUCUUAGCCUGGGAACCACUUUGUUGGAAACAUGAGAUGCUAGAAGACUGUUUAAAAAGUUAAAACUGUUUAAUUAUAUCUUACUUAAAAAGUUAGUUGGUUUAGUUUGCUAUGGAUAAUAAGGCUACCGAGUGCUUCUAUAUUACACUGCCACCUACUUCUGAGUCAUGCCUGAAUAAAAUUAAACACACACACACACAUGCAUAAAAGGUACUGUAGUAACA